ACUGCGGACGAUGCGUUCUGCUUUCUUUUCGAAACAAUUCUAUUUUCGAAACUCCGUUAUCUCGCGCGCCAGACCUGCGUGUACCUGUGAGAGCAUUAAACGCUAACAACAUUGAUUCUAAUCGAGGAGGGAAAUUGUGUGUUUUCGGUGUUUUGAGAAGAAAUUUUUUCGAUUCUCUAGACUUUCGUCUCACUAGAAUCAAUGCCGACAACCAACGACCGUCUUCGUUUGUGUCUAGCAGAGUGGUCCGGUUUUGAAUCCUCCGUGCGUUGUCGCUCGUUCUUAAAACUUUUCGUUCUCUCUCUCAAAACGAAAACAAAAUAAAAUAAAUAAUAAAAAAAGCUAAAACAACGUUUUCGAUAUAGUCCGAAUUUAUACACCAUACGUUUUUUGAACAGUUUCGAAAAACUUUUUCCUUCAGCCAGAAGAAAAUUCGACAGCGAGAACCGUUUUCAACUCAGUGGUCUCCACGGAGUUUUGACGUUAUGAUCGAUAUUUAUAAGAAAAACGCAUUUCGAUGUGUUGCUUGAGUUUUAUUUUAUUUUUUAUUUGUCAAAUUUCUUCUAAUCAAAAGGGGAUUUGUUUUGUAAUGAAUUAACGAAUUUUAUUUGGAAUAAAUAUUUCAAAAACCGUAAUUUACGUAUAAAUUUAAAAAAAAAAUAUAAACGACAAGAAGAUAAAAAAAUCGAAAAUGAAUUCGCGAUUAGUGAAUAUUUUUAUAAGAAAUACCAAAGCAUUUUUUGUCCCCUUAUGCAAAAUUUAGAAUAAUUGAGAUUUUAGUGCAUUUAGAAAGUAAGUGUGCGCGGUUUUCGAGAGAUAUGAGAAAUAUUUUUUAAUUUAUUAUUGUUUUUGAUUUUUCCAAAUAUCAAUAAAUAUUAAUGGAAAAACAUGUAAAUUUAUGGAAAAAAUAAAUAAAAUUAUUAUAUUUAUUGUUGAAGUGUGCUGCUGUUGCUGCUGAUGGAAAUUUUGAAAAAUAAAAAAAAAAUUUAAUUUGAAUAAGUGAAGAGAGAGCGAAUUCGCGUGGUAUUUGUGGUAAAUUUGUCGUCGUGUUAUGCUUGAUGAAUAAAUAAAAUUAAUAAUAUUCUUAAAUCAUUCCACAUACAAAAAUAAAAAAAUAAAUAAAUAAAAUUUUCCAAAGUGCAAACCUUACAAAAAAUUAAUAAUUGUGAAAAAAAAAAAUUCAUGUGCAUUCUACAAGAAGAAAAUAAAUAUAAAAAAAUAUAUUAACAAAACAAAAGAAUUAAAGUUUAGUAAAAAUAAACAAAACCUAUAUUAAGCAAUUUUAUAAAUUGUAUAUCCCUUUGGUUGGAAAAGGGUUAUGUUUACUAUCACUAGUGCAAUUUAGUUGGGCCGUAAGAGGACCAUGCCGGUCAUUGCUGAUUCUGACGAGCCGCCAGCAAAAUGUUGCAAAUUCUGUGAGGAGUCUACGCACGGCGUGGACGGGCCUGUAUCGUGGCGUCUAACGCUCGAUCAGGAUCUUUUCGACACGCUAAAGGGGAGUUUUCCAAGUUGGUUUACAAACAACAACAACAACAAUAACAAUAUCAACAUAAACAACAACAAUAAUAUCAACAUAAAUAAUAAUUUAAUCAACAACAGCAACAACAAUCAUCAUCAUAAUCAUCAUCAUCCAAUAACAACGACAACAACCAUAGUUGAUAAUUCUGUAUCAUCAUCAACGUCAUCAUUAUCAGCAUCAUCAUCACCAACAUCAUCAACAGGUUCAUCAUCAUCGUCUGAAUCUUCGCCAUCUUGUUCUGUAAAAUCAUCACCAUCUUCAUCAUCAUCUUCAUCGUCGUCGUCUUCAUCGUCAUCAUCGUCACCUUCGUCAUUGUCUUCCUCCUGUGUGACAAAAGCGACAAAAUUCUCCAAGAAGACCCUAUCAUCGGCCUUAAUCAACAAGUGCAACAAUAAUAUCUCAAAGAAUAAUUACAAUAAACAUAAUAAAUUAACGGAACUGUCAUUGGCCGAUAUAACGUCAGAUUCAUCUUGUAACGGUCUAUUGGAACAUUUAUCGAAAAAUAUCGAUAGAUCAUAUUUGCAGGAUUCAAUCCUAUUACACGACACAUUUGACGAUAUGUCAGAAGGUGAUCGCCUAUGCAAUCCGUCACUGUUUGGAAGUGAUGAUGGUACAAAUUCUGAUUUCUAUGAUUCAAGACAAUCACCGCCAAAAGCGAUCGUUGAUUCCAGUCCAUUGCAACCAGCGAUGGACAAAAAUAAAGAAUCGCUCAAAGUCAAGUUAAUGGUGCGAAGGCCCAUCACCCAACUGAUGGAGCAAGGAAUUAUUCCACCGCUCAAAACUUCACCAGCUAUACAUGAACAAUGCAAGCAACUCGAACGUGCCAAAACUGGAGAUCUACUCAAAGCAAAAAUCCAACAGCGUCCAAAUCGCGAAGAACUCGAGCGUCGUCAUAUCUUGGAGGAAGAUGAAUGUCACAUCGAUCCGAGUCUGGCUGAGAAGCAGCGAAUGCUCAAGAAAGCCCGGUUAGCCGAUCAGCUGAAUUCUCAAAUUCAACAUCGACCGGGUCCCUUGGAGUUGAUCAAGAAGAAUAUACUGCACACUGAGAAGCCAAUCGAGAAAAUCGUCAAGGAGGGUUUGGUGUCAUUUAAGGCGACAAGCGAAGGUUUGCUAACACGGCCACAACAUCCUAAUAGUUAUAUAACAUUCGAAGAUGACUCCCAGAGUUCGGAAAGUGAUACGCGUAACACUCCGCCACGGACGACGACCGAUGUUUUGGAGGCAGCUGCCGCUUCGGCGGGUAUUGUUACGGUGGCUCUAACAAUUCCGACAAGUGGUGGACAGGUAGUAGUGACAUCGGCACCGAUUCUUCAGACCAAAUUCCACACCACACUGGCACCCUAUGUUCCUCCUCCACCGCCAUUGCCGUCACGAGUAAAGCAGGAUACAGCAAAUCUGUUCGAAGAGCUUUGCCAGUCGGUAGCCGGACCUAGUCCGAGUCCCGGUUAUCUACCAUUGGCUCAUUCACCGCUGUCUUUUGGGUCAAGUGCUUCAACGCUGAGUCCUCUGUCUUCGGUGGCUUCUCCGCCGCACUCGAUAACUCCGAGGCCAACUAUAGCAUCUCCUGCGUUAUCGCUGCAACAGUCGCAAAAAUCCGAUGCUCCCGGGAAGGACAAGAAUCGCAAGAAAAACAAAUCAAAGCCAGUUUCUAAGGCGAGAACAAUCAAAUUCCACGAGUACAAGGGACCGCCGAGUGCUCAGAAGAUUUCAUCAUCAUCGGAAUCCAGUGCCACAGAAGAGACGUCUUAUCAACUUAUGUUGGAACAGCAGAACUGCUUGUUAAAAUUCUUGGAACAUCUCAAUAAAAAUCAGUCAAUAAUCCCAUCUACCACUGGUGCUUCUACCCCCAAAUUAGCUACGAUGACCACUCAGCAGUCAACAGUAAGCAGCAGCGAUGUCAGCACGUCGAGUUCAAUGUCAAUGUCGGCUGGAACUCCACGUCCGCCGCCAUUGCCAUCACCAGCACUCUCUGUGAGCUCAUCGAUUCCACCGAGUCCAGCUACUAGCUAUGCUGAGUCUACUUGCUCCUUGAGCGAAAAUACGCGACUGGAAAAAAUGAAGGUCUCCGAUCUGAAAAUGCAUCUAAAGCGACGAAAUUUGCCUGUUUCGGGACCAAAACCACAGCUCAUUGAACGUCUCAGACCAUAUUUGCCUUUCGACUCGAUGGAUUGUACCCCAGCAUCAAAUCCCGAAGUAACAGCCUCUGUUGUGAGCAAUGAGACAUGUGACGCUCCAGAUACAACUGUGGCCAUGAUUGUGAACUCGCCGCGUCAAUCCAUGUCUCCAGAUGCAGUCAACGAGCAGCCCCAAGAGCACAUGGAAGUGAUGCAACAAAUGGAUUCACCAAGACCUGUUGCCUUGCAGGUGCAACCGCAAACACAAACCACGACAUUUUUGACACUAUCCAAUGAAGAUCUCCUGCGGGAACAACAGCGCAAGAUCGAUGAACUCCAAAGGCAGCUGCAGCUCAGCCAACAGGAACUGCAACAAAUCCGCCAAAAGCAGCUCGGACAAGCACCCCACCAGCAAAUUACACUGAUAACCACAACUCCAAAGGAGAUCAUGGUUCCUCAGCAACAACAUCAACAGCAGCAGCAGCAACAACAACAGCAACAACAGGUUAUUAAGAUACAACAGCAGCCUAUGCAACAGCAACCAGUAGUUUCGAGCACACACCAGGCAAAGGCGUCUUCGGCUCCUCCUGCCCCGCUUACUCAGAAAAUGGUCGUAAAACAGCAGCUCGAGGCUAAGAUUCAAAAACAGAAGCAAGCAGCUGCUGCAGCAGCGCAAGCUCAAGCUCAGGCACAACUACAGGCUCAAGCACAGGCACAAGCUCAAGCUCAGGCUCAAAAUCUCAUUCGCAUGCAGAAGGCUAUGUCAACUCCGACACAUCACACAGUUAUCAUCCCCAAACUGGAUGACCAGAAGACAAUCAUAGCUACUGCCCCGGCAUCCUCUAUAGCCGGAGCACACCAUCAUAAGGGCCAAAAUAAUGUGGGUUUAAUGUGGAACGAUGGCAAUCAGACCAUUUUCCUUGUUGGAUUACCGCCCCAGGAUAAUGGAAAGAAACUAAUCAAUGGCCAUCACAGAACCACAUCCCUGCCUAGCAUUGUCUUCCCCAUAACUCCGGCAGAGCAGCAAAUAAUCGAGGCCAAGCGACAACAAAUGCAACCUAGGAUUCAGGUUGACAUAAAGCCUCAAAAUCUUCCCCCACCACCACUAUACGAAGAGGCAACCAAGCAACUGUGCACAGUCAAAAUCAAGGAAGAACUCAUAGAGCAGCCUCCGCCACCACAAAGAAAUGGCAUUGUUCCAACUCCGCACACAGCUCCUUCCUCCAAACGCAAGCAACAUGUCAAGUCAGAGAAACUAACCGAUGUCCUGGAUAUUCUUAUCAACCAGGGCGAGUUGCCAGAGAGUGCUAGAGAACCACUCACUCCCAUAACUCCACUCACGCCCGGCGGAAGCAGCAUCAUGACCGACAUGAGUGGCAAUCUAAUCUUUUCGCCUGCCCCACCUCCAGUCACAGUGACAAUGGACACAACACUUGCAGCAACAACAUCUCCAUCUUUCCAACUUCUAAACACUCCAGCUCCGCCACCACCUCCGCCGCCACCAGCUCCAACGCUACAAUCCCCCCAGCCAUCACUUCUGCUGGAGAACAUAGAUAUGUCCUCGACAUUGCAAUCCCAAUCCAAUUGCCACAUCGACCCGGCCAAGACGUUGGACAUAUUCCUAGAGCAGCAGCACCAGCAGUCCUCGCCCACAAUGCACCAGGAGAAAUCAUCGCCUGACGAUCGCGAAAACAAAUUAAAUCACUUCGAUGAGUUCGAAUUACUGGAGCUCAUGAGUCAACAAUUGGAAAUGGAUAUUGGAGGCGAUGAAAAUUGUCACAGCUUCCCAGAACUGCAACAACAUCAACAGCAGCAGCAAUCGCAUCAGGACGCAUCUCAAAAUAAACAAUCAAUCACACCGCCAAUGCGACGUGACAUGAAUCCCUCGCUCCAACCAUCCAUCAGUGAGCUCAUCCAGCAGCAAAGCACUUCCAACAGCAACAAUAAUUCCAACCUCCCCAUGACCAAUGGCCUAGUGCACCAUCAGCACCUCCAUCACCUGCAUCAUCAUCCACAACAGCAACAACAACAACAGCAACAAAACCAACAACAGCAGCAUCAAUUGCAACAUCACAAUGUCAACAAUAAUCCCGGCGAAUCGUCCUCGUCCAGUUUUGCUUCGUCAAACAAUAAUUUCUCAUCGACUCCAAUGGACGUGUGCGAUGACUUCGACAAUCCUUUGGCUGGCUUCAGUUUCAGUUCACAACUGUCACCGGACUCGAAUAUAAACACUCCGCCACAUCCAUUUGGCGAAGAGGGUGGUAUUAUAUCCGUUGGUGGUAAUCGAAAUGGUGGCAAUGGCAAUGGCAGUGGCAAUGGUGGAAGUGCCGGUGGCAACAAUAGUUGUGGUCUCAUGUCAUCAUCCCACUCAUCCUCGUCGCCCGCGGCACACAAUAAUUCGAUUCUGGAACAAAUGUCAGUGUGUGGCAACAAUAUUGGUGGCCAAAAUCAAGGUGCUUCAAUGAUGGAUAACUCUGAUGGUUUCGGGGACAGUCAUUUGUCACCAAUAAAUCAGGACAACAUUUUGGAUCUCUUCAAUAUUGACGAUUACAAGAUGUCCUGGGGCGAAGGAGACUUUGCUGUCUAAGAUGAUGGCUUGAAAAACACAAACAAAAAAGAACCUAGACGAAACACACCAUCACCAUCAAAUUGUGUCUGUCCCUCUGAGACGAAAGGAGAGAUAGACGUGCAUUUAUUAUUAUAUAAAUGAUGUGUGAACGCGAUUAACCCCUGGAGCAAAGGAGGUUUUACUCCUUUAAUAAUCUUCUUUUUUUAAAACUAAGAAUGUGUGGUUUAUAUUUGAAAACAUUAAAAAAAUCAAAAAAAAAAAUUAAGAAAGUGUCAGUUAUGUCAGUAAAAGAAUUUAAACAACAAAAAUAAAACGUAAAAUUAGACCAUUCCAAUGAAAUUCUUAAAAAACAACAAACAAAAUAAUAUCAAGCUGCUUGCGUCUUUUGUUUUUUAGUUGCAAAGCUUAUAGAAGCUUCUUUCUUUAUAAAUAAAUAGGACAUUUUUGUUAAGGGAUGCGUUUUAGAGUGAAAGGUUGGUUUUGUAAUCAUUUUCAUUGGUUUUGAGAAAAGUUUUUUGAAAUUCUUAUUGAUUUUGUAUUUAUUUAAAUUUAAGUUGUGAACUCAAAAGUUUUAUAUUUUGUUUCGAGUUCUUUCAAGACUUGUUACCUUAUUUAGAAAUGCCUGCCGAAGUCUAUUUUAGCCUAAUCAUUAAACUUUUGGUUAUUGGCCUUAACUUUGAGACUUCAAAAGUUUAUUGAGACAAAAAAAAAGUCCUACUAAAAGACACCCAUGAUGCCCUUUGUUCCCUACUGAAACUGGCACUGUAAAGAAAUUUUCAUAUUUCUGCAAGAUAAGUCCACCAGGCCAAAUUGUUUUUCUUACACUUUUUUUUUAAGAAAAUAAAAUUUAAAAAAAAUAAAAUUUCAAAUUUUUUAACUGCUUAAAAUUCUUACGAUUAAAAACUCAAAACCAUCCUUUUAAUUUUGAAAUGGACACCAAAUUAAACAAAAAAAAUAUAGCAAAGCAAAAGAAAAACAAACAAAAAUUAAAUAAAUUAAAUUAAAAUAUAUACCUACUUAUAUUAGCUUAAAACUUUUAUCAAAAAACAAAACAAAAAAAAACAAAAACAACAAAAAAAAUACAAGUAUUUCCUCAAAGGAAAGAAAACGCCUUUAAUUAAGUGAACAAAAUUUGUUUCAAUAUUAUUUGUUUUCGUUUUAAAUUUAAUUUUUAUUAAACUAAAAAAUUAUUUAAAAAUAAAAAAAUAUUUAUAUAUAUUUAAGCGAAAAUGUUAUUCUCGCUAUUCCGAUAUUUGAAUAAAAAUAAAAGUUAUACUAGAAAAAUAUAAAAAUAAAAUUAUAUCCUCUGAUAUGAAUGUUUAUUAAAUGAAAAGAAAAAUGUUUAGGUGCAUUAUAAAAGAAAAGAGAAAAACAGAAGAAGAAAAAAAAAUGAAAAUGAAAAUUUAAUAAAUUAUUAGAAUUUGUGAGUUGUGUUUUUGUCUGAUUUUAUAAUAAUUAAAAUAAUUUUAGAAGAAACAAAAAUAUUUCCAAUUUUGUUGAAUUAAAAAGAAAUAAAAAAACACAAAUAUUUCUUGCGCAAAAAAUAUGUUUAAAUGAACAAAAAAAUACAACAAAGAAAUGUACUUAAUUAUUGCUUGUUCUCAAUAAAAAUAAAAUAAAAAGAAAAACAAAACAUUGUUAUUAAAUAAUUUUAAGAUCAUAUCACAUAUAAACAAAAAGAAAAACAAAAUGUAAAUAUAUUUAAUUUUAAAAAUUAAGAAAUCAUUUAAAGCAAUUAAAAUUUAAUUAUAAAUUUAAAAUAUUCGUUAUAAAUAUAAAUAUAAAUAU